AUGAACCAUGUUUUAACUUUGUUUUUGUUUUUGUUUUUGUUUUUGUUUUUGUUUUUGCGGGGUGUUUUCGUCAAUCCAAAUUGCAUUGAACCAUUUGGACUCACUUUAAUUGAGGUUAUUGUUCAUGGGUUACCAAUGGUUGCCACGAAAAACAGAGGCCCAAUAGACAUACAUCGGUGUUACGCUUUUAACAUUCACAAGCCUGGUUUAGUGCCACCUGUCAAGGAGCUUCAAAAGUUAUUAAGGAUUCAAGCUCUCCGUUGUCGUGUUAUUUAUUGCCAAAAUGGAAGGAAAAUAAAUGUUAUUCCAGUUUCUGCAUCUCGUUCUCAAGCUCUCAGGCACCAAUUGCAGGUAUUGAGUCGACCAGAGCAGUUGAAUAAGCAAGCUCGUACACUGAAUAAGCAAUGUCUGCAAUCAUUGAUCAGUGGGACAACAAAGUGGGUGAUGGUAAUUGUGGAUCAACAAAGUCGAUAG